ACCUUGUGGGGCAUCAGGAAGGCCAUCCUAUGCCUUGAGGUGAACUGGGGCAGCGAAGGCUUGGAAUUGCCUCAUCUUGGAUCUUCUGCUGCAGUAGUCAUGGGGCAGCAGGUUGCCUCAGCUCCAGCUUUACAGUAGUGUUUGUUUACUUUUUUUUUCUUGAGACAGGGAUUCUUUGUGUAGCCUUGGCUGACCUGGGCUUGCUUUGUAGACCAGGAUGACCCCACAAAGAUCAGCCUGCCUCUGACUCUCCAAGGGCUACAAUUACAGGAAUUGUGCAACCAUGCUCAGAUAUCACUGUUCUGUAUCCUUGGGCCACCAGCUGAGCCCACCACCAUGCUGUGCCUGAUCCUCUGCAAGACUGGGCCAAAAUAAACUCUGCUUCUCCUACGGUGAUUCUUGGCAUCGAUUUGAGAGGAGCCAGGAGAAAGGACUCAAAAAUUAUGCAUCUUGUGGGUGAUCCCAUUCCCCACCUUUAAUGGUGGGGGACAUGGAGGAAGAAUUUCCAGGCAUGGAUCUCUCUAAGGCAGAUCUACCACCAGCAUCCAGAGAAACUGGUUCCAGGCUACCCAUCUCUACCAUUGUGGAUGCUAUGUGUUACUUAUUAUCCAUGGCCUUAGAAACCUUGGGACUCAUAGGAACAAGCAAGCCACAUGACACCCAGGCAGAAAACAAUAUGUGCAUCAGGAGAAAAAGUGUUCGUAACAUCCUUGGAGAAAUCUGGCGUGCUCCAAAGUUCCAUUUUAUCAAGAUUUCUGCAGGUCUUCUUACCCUCCUGCCCACCCUAAGGAGUGACCAUGCCUUGUCCAUGUUUGUGGCAUCUGAGGACAACAAAGUGCAAGAUGUAAAUGAAGUGAGAAGUAGCAAGAGCUCCUCUAGAGCUUGCUCUCCUGAUUUAUACAAGGUGCCGGAGAUUGACUGGCCAGGGAAUUGUGACCAACAGCGCUCUGCUGCACAGGCUGAGAGGAGCAACAGAAAUUCAGGAGAGACAGAGAGUACUCUCUCACUUAGUGACAGCUCAGAGGAUUACCUGUCCUGCCUGGAGGACACUGCUUCUGAUCUGAACUCAGCCUCAUGGGAUGACGGUGUGGAGGCUGACAAUGAGGAGACUGAUAGCACCAUUAUGGUCAGUUCCUCAUCCCUUGAUGAACCGGGGUUCCUGGAAGACAGCAGCUGCAAACAAAUGCCAGGAACACAAGAUGAGGCUGAGGUUACCAACAGCAUCAGUGUGUCUAAUGACAUGAAUGAAACUGACCUACAGUUGAGUGAGAGAACACACAACACUGUUUACUCCAUGGGCUGUGCCAAGAAUAGGAACACUGUAUAUGAAGGAAGCAUGGAAAUAACGUGUGAGGAGUCAGCAUCUGCAUCCAGGGAGGACCAGUUCCAGGAGGUGCCCAUAGUCUCUAAGAGGAAGCGAAGAAGGGUCUGGAAGGGGGUGAAGAGGCAGAUUAGUCACCUGUUUUAUGGUUUAUUCUGUUGUGUCUCCAUCCCAAAGAAAGCAGACACAACCCCCAGGGCUGAAGACCAUGCCCUGGUCUGUGGCUUUUAAGCCACAGGUCUCCGGUUGGCCUGGUGUGGCCUAACAGCCACAGGAGGAAGCCUGGCCAGACCGUGAUUGAGCUGUGUACCCCAAGACUUGUUGUUACCUGUCUGACACCUCUGUCAACCUGGGCACAAGCUCUCUACGCCUCCUUUCCCUGCAGUGUAAACUCUUAGCUCCCUGCUACUUACAUUCAUAACAGUCCCAACACUGUGACUAGACAGAGAAGUCAUUCUCAUGGCCCAGUCACUUGUAUGAAGAAACACCUGACCGGCUUCUACAAUCCUUAUGAAAGAACUUCAUAUUCCAUAUGAUUUGGAGUCUUCAUCUUCAUCAUCAUUUUGAUUCUCUUCAAUGACAAGAUGGAUUGAACUGCAUG